CGUAGUGGGGAAAGCUGCGUCUCUGCUGCACGUAGCUGCUCUGAUCAGUUUCCUGGGAUGUGUUCACUCCUAUCUUAAAAGGGAGCUUCUGCUGGGAAAUUGCAUUUUACUGGCAAAUUCAAAGACCUUCUAAACCGAUACUUGGGCGACAAGUUGACCCCAUGCUUGCUGGACGUACUGUUUUUGCGAUUCUUUUAACACCGAUUUUUGAUCAUUUUUUUUAUUUCACUGGAACACCAUAAUAUUGAAAUGAACACAGACCGAUUGGACCUCUUCUUCAGCCCGCUGCAAAAAAAGAUUUAAUAUUUUCUUUAUGUAGGGAAGUAUCAAAACAAAACAGAUGAACGUGGACUGUCGCCUUCGCUUAUGGAAGAUGAAGAUAUUCACUCGUACAUGUGUUGCCAGAACCCAAGAUCACGUUAUUUAGUGGUGUGCAUAUUUCCUCGAACAAGUUGUUUUAAGAUAAACUUCUAUUGGAGAGUUAAAGCACUGCAGUCAAUUGAUACUGGAGUUUUUAAGGGCAUUUUGAAGGAAGGUUCUUCCUAUCCAUAAAUCAAAAUGGGACGGUGGACGCUAAAACUGCGAACACAAAUAGUGUGUCUUAUCUUCAGCACCUGCAUCAUAUGCCAAUGUGGACUGAUCAACGGGGAAAUCUGCCAGAGUAAAGACAUCCGGAAUAAUGUGACAAACCUGCAGGCACUGGGAAACUGCACCAUCAUCGAGGGUCAUCUAAAGAUUCUUCUCAUGUUCAACACCAAGACAGAUGAUUUUCGAGGCCUCAGCUAUCCCAAACUUCGAGUGGUGACUGACUACGUGCUGCUGUUCAGAGUCUACGGCCUGGAGACGCUGGCACAUCUCUUUCCAAAUCUGACUGUUAUACGUGGCAACAAUCUCUUCUUCAACUACGCUCUGGUGGUGUACGAGAUGCCGCAGAUGAGGGAGCUGGGUCUGCACAGCCUCAUGAACAUCACCAGAGGAGCCGUGAGGAUCGAGAAGAAUGCUGAUCUGUGCUACCUGGCAACCCUCGACUGGUCCAAGAUCCUCGACUCUAUGGAAGACAACUACAUUGUGGCAAAUAAAAAUGAGAGGGAGUGUGGCGAUGUGUGUCCUGGGACAGCCCAGGGCCUGACCAUCUGUCCCCAGAACACCAUCAACGGGCACUUCCGUGGCCGGUGCUGGUCACAGGAUCACUGUCAGAGAAUGUGUUCGGAUAGCUGCAAACAUGGAGCAUGUACACCCCAGGGCCAGUGCUGCCACGAUCAGUGCCUGGGCGGGUGCUCAGAGCCGGGUAACUCCAGCAGCUGUGUGGCCUGCAGGAACCUCCAGCAUGGAAGUACUUGUGUAGAUAAGUGUCCUCCCGGAUACUACAUCUUCAGAGGAUGGCGCUGCGUCAGCUUCUCCUUCUGCCAGGACCUGCACAACCAGUGUCAACAAAUAAAGAAGAUGAACCAGGACAGGGAAUCUAGUUGCUUUGAAUAUGUCAUCCACAAUGGCGCCUGCAUCCCUGAGUGUCCAUCUGGAUACACAAUAGUAAACGCCACUACGUAAGUCUUAUACACCGGCCAUCAACACACUAGAUAAACCGAAAGUUACAAUUUUAACUAUGGUUCUUUGGAUACCGGAUGACGGCAGUUCGCAUUUACGCAGAGAACAUUUAGUGCUUUCCACACGGCCCUCUGGUGGUCAGGAUGAAUGAAAUAGAACUAUUGAAAUGGUCAUUCAUUAUUAUACUAUGAUUCAACUUUUGUAUUAAGGGCAUUUGGGAACUGACUUAACAACAAGCCAGGUAUGAUUUCUCUUUAUGAAGUCUCUGACUUCUCCAGGCAAACACAGUAGUAAUAACUGGUAAAGGCUGUUUAAAAUGUGAGACUUUAUGAAUAAUUUAAUAAAAAGUAUAAUUUGUUUUAGUGUUAGCCUUAGUUGGUGGUGAUUUGGUGAAUAAAUAUCAUUAGUGUGUGUCACACUGCAUGCAUGCAUGUUAUCCAGAUCCCAGUAUGGGCUCGCUCUGCUGUGUCUGUGUAUCUAGCUUUAUGCAUGUGUAACAUGCAAGGGCACGACCUUAUUUACCAUUCAACUUGCAGUUGCAGUUACAAGGAAUAUUGGAGUAGUAACUAUAUUACUAUUUAUUUAAAAUUUUUGUAUUUAUUUAUUUUUUUUUACAAUUGAUCUAAACUUGCAGAGAAGUCUUAAUGAUGGUGUUAUAAAAAUAUAUAUAAUAUAUAUAAGCUUGCCUCACAUCAGACACCAUAAAUCGGCAUACAUGUUUUUCACAUAUCUGUUAUACUGUUGAGAGAUUAAAUUUAUUAUUAUUAUUAUUAUUAUCAUUAUUGUAAGUAAACAGAAUGAUUUGGGGGUUUAUUUACAACGGGAGUGAACAGGAAAGGCUAUGCACUUUGGCUCGGUCAAACGUCUUGUUUGUGUGUAAAAGAGAUUGACUUUCCCUGCAACCAACCUGCAGGGAUUAUCAAGUACUUAGACAGAAAAGAACAUUGCUUUAAGUCUCAUUCAGAACCCCCUGAGGCACAACACAGCCUGGUAUUCUUUGUGUGUUUACUUCAUUUAUGUUACAAUAAAAACAAUAAAUAAAACAACGGGAUCUGUACAUUAUCAUAAUAUCUAUGUUUAAUACUAUUUAGGUUGAAUAACAUGCAGCUAAAACAUUUACAUUUAUAAAACAAUGUGUUAAUUAAUUUAAUUAUUGCACAGCAUCACAUUUGUCUGUGUA